UGUUGUCUCUUGUGCCCCGCGAACAGGUGGAGGACAUGGAGGAGCCCCACAGCUUCUUUAAGAAGGUGGACAUCCCUGUCCAUGUGCACUACAUUGUGGCCUUUUUCAUUGUGGUCAUCGGAACUCUGGGAAUGACGGGCAAUGCUCUGGUGAUAUUCGCUUUCUACAGCAAUAAGAAGCUGAGGAGUCUGCCUAACUACUUCAUCGUCAAUCUGGCCGUGAGUGACUUCCUCAUGGCCUUCACCCAGGCACCCAUCUUCUUCAUCAACUCUCUCAACACUAAGUGGGUGUUUGGGGAAACAGGCUGUAAGGUGUAUGCCUUCUGUGGGGCCCUGUUUGGCAUCACUUCUAUGAUAAACCUGUUGGCCAUCUCUAUCGACCGCUACCUGGUCAUCACCAACCCUCUGCAGGCCAUGCAGUGGAACUCCAAACGCAGGACCACACUGGCCAUAGUGCUGGUCUGGCUCUACUCACUGGGUUGGAGUCUGGCCCCACUUGUUGGCUGGAGUUCCUACAUCCCAGAGGGACUGAUGACCACCUGCACCUGGGACUACACCACCUUCUCCGUGGGCAACAGGAGCUACACCAUGAUGCUCUGUUGCUUCGUGUUCUUCAUCCCCCUGGGGGUCAUCCUCUACUGCUAUCUCUUCAUGUUCUUCGCCAUCCGCAACGCCGGCAGGGACUUGGAGAGGCUGGGGAAAUCCAGUAUUCAGCAGCAGUCUAUGCGUAACGAGUGGCGGCUGGCCAAGAUUGCGUUUGUGGUCAUCAUCGUGUAUGUGCUGUCUUGGUCCCCUUACGCCUGUGUCACGCUCAUUUCCUGGGCAGGGUAUGCCCACAAGCUGACUCCCUAUUCCAAAACAGUACCUGCAGUCAUAGCAAAGGCAUCCACGAUAUACAACCCGUUCAUCUAUGCUAUCAUUCACACCAAAUACAGGAAUACCUUAGCGGAGAAGGUGCCCUGUCUUGCCUGCCUGUCACAGAAGAAAAAGAAGGACUGCUUGUCGUCCACCAACAGCGAGACGUCCGUCCACGACACUGGAUUCAGCAGACAGUCGUCUGUCUGCAAGGCUAAACUCCAUGCCGUGUCCUCCAACUCAACCUCAGCUACGUCCUAUAGCGAUGUGGUUCACGUACUGCAGUCCGAGAAGAGGGGCGAUGUAGAACUCGAUGUGAUGUCCCGCAAAACAGACUCCUUCAGAAGUUCGUGUUCCUUUCCCCUGCUCAAAGACCACAACAAAUCAGUCAAACGGCACAAGAUCAAACACCACUCCCAGGCCACUGUGGAAAAAGAGAAGACCACCAUCACAGGGUCUCUGAGUCUCUGUGAUCAUGACCUGGUGACCGGCACAUUGAACAUGGCGACUGUCCCGCUGCUGGUUGCCUCCACGGAGCCUCAGACGGGGAACUCAACCCUUGACAAGGACGGCCAUCGUGAUGAGAAACUCCACCGGACCACCGCCCUGGACCCAAAGUGUUACUUCCGGCCAUGUUACGGCAUACCCCGCAUCAUCAUCAGCCCCACAUCAGAGAACAGCCUGACUGAGGAGGCCUUGUAUUUGGACGAUAAGCCUGAGUUGCAGUUGAGCGACUUGGGUGAGCUGGUGUUGGACAUGCAACAGUAUGACUGUUCGUCUGAACUGCUUGAAUCUGUGGAGAGCUUCCUAUCCUGAGUCCUCCUUUUCUUGGUUUCUUAGCUGUCUACAAUGUCUUGUAUUUUUGUAUGGAGAACAAGC